CUCGUGAAGCGCGAAGAGAGUUAACAUGGAGGCAUUUCUGAAGUUUACGAAGGUGGGAUUUUAUCUGUGUUGUUAUUUUAGGACGACUUUAACCGAUGCGGUGCUCUUUGUAUGGUGUGAUAAGUUGAAAACAGCCAUAUGUACGAUUCGGUUACCUCCAAAUCGAUACAAAUCGGAAAACUAUGGAGAUGCAGAGGUGAAGAUAUUGUCACCUGGAACAUCAUGCAUGUAUAUCUUUACAUGUAGAAAAAAAACUUUUAAGUUUCAAAGUAAAAUGCGCUGUACCGACUGAUUGGCUAAACUUCAGAAUACCCCGCCACUUUGGUCCGCCUCACUUACAUGUGUCGGGAGGCUUUGAAGAUCGAGGCAUAACACAAUAGACGCUAUUCUUAUUUAAUGACAUGUAAAUGAGUUGCGGGGUAUUCUGAAGUUGCUCCGACUGAUUUCUUAUUCCUAACUCCUUCACUGAUGGUUUUGUCUUUUCUUCAUUUUUUAUGUUCACAAUAAUUAUCCAAUGUAACCUUUAUUAAUUUAUUUUGUGAUUAUAUUUUGUUGUUUACACAGGUAAUGUAAAACCUUAUUUUUAUUGAAUAUAGUGUUGGUAUAACCGUUGUAAAUGUAUUUAUUUGUCAUCAGAGUAAACCUGAUACACUUUAGUUUAUAGCAACUUGAUAGCUGACUAUACUUUUUUAAUAGGUUACCAAUUAUAAAUAAAGAUAACAACAAAUUUUGAGAAUUUAAACCUUCUGAAAGUCUGUACUUGCAUUUAGGAUUGUUUGGCAAAUAUUUCUCAGUUUUCUGAGGUGCAUGUUGUGCUGGGCAAUGAAGCAUGUGAUCUUGACUCUAUGGUGUCAUCUUUACUUUACGCUUUCUCAAUUUACAAGGUGAGAUUUACAGUAACUACAACCAUGUUUUGAACUUAUUCAAGAAGUUCCUCACUUUCCUCAUAUAUGCAGCAUGAAAUUGUAAAUCCACUUAGGAAUUUUCCCUGCAUUUCUGGAGUUCCAUUCUAUCAACCCUGUACUUGAUCAAUUAACUCCCACAAGUCAGUAAAAUUUACUUUUCAAUUCAAUAUCAGCUGUCAUCAGGUAAUGAUAAUACACAUAUAGUAUUGUUUAGAGGUUGUUAACUUGAUAUAAAACAUUUAACCCUCUUCACCCUAACAUUAGCAUGUCUUCUCUAUGCUGUUCUUUAUACAUUUCCUAUGGCACUGACAAGGAGAAUUUAGCUAAAAAUCAAGAACUUUUCAAGCUUUAAUUCUUAUGAGGCUAAUGUUUGAUUUGGCAGCAAUACCUCAGUGAGAAAUUAAAUAAUAGUUACCCUUAACUAAUUCACAAUGAAAUGUAUAGCUCCUGGAAAGGAGAUUAGAAAAGUUUAAAAAUCUUCAUUUAAUAUGAAGAUUUUACCAGAAUAAUUAUGAUUAUUGACAUGGAUUAAUUACAAUAAUAAUGUUUAGCCAAGUACAAUGUAAAGCUGCAAAAUAUAACUUGCUUUAAAACUUAACCAAACAGACAUUUUUUAAAACUUGACACAUGCAUUACCUUAAAAUUUUUGCCAUCCCCAUCCAUGCUUAUUCCCUUUUCAUUCAUUCCUCUAUCUUUUGUAUUUUUUUUAAUUUAGUAAUCAUUAAAGACUGUUUUAAGGUUUCACUUUUAAUUUUUUUCCUCAUUGACAGACACUUAUCAAUGUUCCAGGGAAGCCAAUAGCCGUUAUUCCUGUAUUCAACAUACAUAAGGAAGACUUUUGUUUGAGGACAGAGGCGGUUUUUCUAUUCCAGAGAUAUCUACUUGACUCAAGUUCCUUCAUAUUUAUAGAAGAUGUUGACUUGGAAAACCUACUGGAAACAGGGAAACUGCAGCUUGUUUUAGUGGAUCAUAACAUCUUAGCAAAAAGACAGAAACACUUGGAUGUUGCUGUCUUUGAGAUUCUUGUUAAGUGUGAUUGCUACUGUUUUGCAUCAAUUUGUGCAUAACUUCCUUAACAUUUUCUUGCUUCAAUUUUUACUUAGUCUGUCACUUCUCAGUAAAUGUUCCCAGUCCUCUAUUUCCUCAAAUGAUUGAUGUUUGCUUCAUAUUUUUCUUGCAGACCAUCGUAAGGAUCAAUGGCCAGCUAAUUUGAAAGUAAGAAAAAAAAUUGAACCUGUGGGAUCAUGCUGCACACUUGUGACAGAGAAAUUAUUGGCUUUAGAUUUAUUAGAUGGGCAGAUGGCGAGCCUGCUGUUAGGAUCAAUACUUCUGGACACUAUUAACUUGGAUCCCAGAGCUGGAAGAGCCACAGAUAAAGACAGAAAUAUUGUCAAGCAAUUGCAGGAUAAAUUUCCUCUAGCCCUAGAUGAACUGUACAGAUCUGUCAGUACAGGUUAGUUGAAUCAGUGACACCCAGAACAUUUAACAUUGUCACUCCCAAAGGUACUCUUUUUGAGAAGAAAAUGGUUGCCUAGUAUUCUCUUAAGAUAAUGCUUAACAAAUCCUAUACAUAGUCCUUUGAGAUCUUUGUGAUUCAAGAUUUCCUCAACAAGAUCCAGGAAGAUCUCUUCAUUUUUCAUGAGACCCCAGAAGAGUCCUCAGUAUAGUCAUGCCAGGGUCACUACAUGUUACUGAAAGUAACCAACAGCUCACUUAAAUAUGAAAAAAACUUGUGAUUGUAAUUAUAAAUCUUGGACCUUUUAAGUAAAAAUCAAGAAUGGUAAACUUCACCCUAAACAGCCCAGUGUUUAACACUGACAUGGGAAUUAUUUAUUACAAUGGCCAUCAAAUAUUGUCUCACCAACUGAAAUCUUUUGCCAACAAAUCAACCUCCAGGAGUGACUAGCAUCUGAUGUCUACUUACAGUAUCACCCCUGAAUAAAUAAUUUGGUUAUUUGAAUGAAUAAAACUGAUGAUCACCAACCAAAGAAGUCUUUCAGUACAAUGGGAAGUGUGUGGUGAAUAUGCAUACUCAAGGUCUUUCAAGCCUAGUAGCCCCUUCAGCUCAAGUGUAUCUCGUUUUCCAUGAAUGGGAUGCUAAACUAUAGCUGGACACCCCUCUCCCCCCCCCCCGUUCCCCCUUUCCCUCACCCUGUCAGUUAUUAGUCAAUAUUUUUAAACAGUUUUGGUAUCCAUUUAUAAAUAAGGAGAAGUAAUGUGAGAUUAAUGCAUCUUGCUAACGAUAACAUAUCUGUCAGACCUCAGGCAUGCGUAAGGGGAUCUGACCAAGCCUGAAAGCAUGCCAUCAGGUUCUUACAACGUUCGCGAACGUUUGACCGCUCCGUUGCCCAUGAUGAGGCAGCCAGUUCUCAAACCAGGAUCAUUUGAUCCAGAAUCUCGCACACAAAUUUCUAGGCUUCCGCUUUUCCUUGGUGUUUGAUAAAAGUUCCCGGAAUUCAUCAACUGCCCAAUUCUCCCUCUGAUCUGCCUUCUAAUGUUUGUUAAGUCAUUUUAAUUUGCGACUUAGAGUCACAUAGGGUUUUUCUCAUUUUUCAACUUUUUUUCACUCUAAAACAAGACUUUUUUUUUUCUUAACAAACAGCCAAAUUUGAUGUGUCAGCUCUCUGCACAUUGGAUCUUCUUCGUAAAGACUACAAAGCUUUGCCAACCGUUGAAAACAAAGCUCUGAGUGUUGGCAUCAGUUCUGUCAGUGGAUUAUCACUGAGUGAUUUCUUCGCAAGAACUCAAGUCCAUCAAAGCAUUUCAGAAUACUGCCUGGCCUCAUCUCUGGAUGUGUUAAUUAUCAUGUUUCUCUAUUUUGUUGAAAGCCUUGAUGAUCCUCCCAGUAGGCAGAUUGCUGUUUGUGGGCCACACAGUGAAGCUAAGAGUAAAAUCGCAGAAAAUUUGUCCUGUUCAGGAGAACUUAAUUUGAGGCUGUACAGCGAGCGUUUCCAAAACUGUUUCGUGUAUGAUCAGGAAAACAUAACGGCUUCACGGAAAGUUGUGUUUCCUCUUGUACUGGAUAUCAUCAAAAAUAGAUUUUGAAGUGCGUUACUUUUUUACUUGAACUGAGAUGUUAAUAAUACCUUAGAGGGUGGCUGACUCCCUUUGUAAUGGCCUUUAUUCGGAUGUUUCAGGUAAAAUGCAAAAAGAAGCAAAAAGGUGUUCAUUUCAUGUGUUCUUCUAUCAAAAUUAAGGACAUGGUCAAACAAGAUUGUGAAGAACUUUUUCUACAAGCGGCUGCCGAUGGUGUAAUAAACGGCUGUUCUUGAAAAGUGGCUGUAAGGCGAAAUCCAAUGAAGAGAGCCUGCGCAGGCUAACAGACGGCGGUAACAGGUCUAAUGGGCAGCGGUCAACCGCUUGGCGCCGGCUUUUGUUGGAUUACCUGGUUCAAAGAAAUGCAUGCAAAUACACAUCCUUUGCGUUUCACGGAAAAGUUACUUUAUUAAUGGUGACGUCAUCUAUGCGUCUGAACCAAUCAGAAUGCGUGCGAAAUUUAGCUCACUACAUAAAUAACAUCCUGGUAAAUAGGAAUAGUUAUGUUGUUAGACACAAAGUGCUCUUAUCCAGAUAGACAGUUCUACCAGUCACAAUGCUACGGAAACCGGCAGGAGCUUUGUUAAUUAAGGAUCUCUUUAUUCUCGUGCAGACUUUACCUCGGCUUUUAUUCCCCAUAGCUACAGACAAUGAAGUUUCCUGUGGAGAGGAUUAUCGUUUUGUUGUUUAUACUAAGCAUGUAAUAGACAUUAUUGAGGGUUAACUAAAUAAUGAGUACUAAUGGAAAUUACGGCAAGCUUUUCCUUACUAUUUCUUUUCGAUGCAUUUUUGAAGUAGGCUUCUGAGGUUGGCACCCAUGGCUCUGCGAAGACGACUGGAAAAUAUGUUCUUUUCAUUUUUCAGAUUAGUGCUCUCUCCAUGCAUUUGCUAAUUGAAAUAUUCACUUUAUAGAACUACAGAUUCUUGCAUAAAGCAUUUUAAAAAAAAAUUUAAAAAUUUAUCUUACUAC